AGUUUUUUAAUCAAAACAUUUUAAUUUAUUUAACGGACAAUUCAAGUUUUUAUUACUUAAAAAUGGGUGGACAUAAGAGGAAAUCUUCUGAUCGAGACAAAGAUUAUGAAAAAUUAAAAAAGCGACUGCGUGAAAUGGAAAAGAAGCUGGAAAAACGCGAACAGAGGAUAAACAACGACAAGGAGAAUGACAAUGGCGGUGCUCAGAAUGGAAAGUUAGAGACUCCAGGGAGCACUGUGAACGCCACACCGAAAAAUCCGGAGGAGAGAGAAACUCCAGUUAUAGAUUUAUCAAAUGAAAAUGAAACUGGGGAAACAUCACAAGAAACACAAUCAGCCAGUGGGGUUACAGAAACUUUAGACCUGGACCCAGAGAUCCUAAAAAUCAUCGGAGAAACUCCAGCGUCUGAGCCAGAAGGCUUAAAACUAUCAAGUCAUAUUUCUAAUCGCUGGAAAAUGUGGCUCAAAACGGGACAAACUAAAGAAACUAAAGAGCUUCUACUCAAAAAAUACCCCAGAAAAGAGAGAUAA